UAGUGAAGAAGAGUUCGAUCGUGGUCUCGAUUUCACAGAUCUGUUGUCGAAAAGAGUAGUAUUUCAGAAAUAUUAAUAUAUGAAUUAUACCGUGGCACCAUGGUCAUCGGUUGCUGUUUCAUCUGUGUGUUUGCGGUGCUGAUAAACAAAGUGUCUCUGCAGGUCACAGUAAAGGCUGUUAUUGGCGGUUCUGUUCUCCUGCCGUGUUCUUCCACUGAACAUGAUCUGAAACCUCAAGACACUGAUGUGCAUUGGAGACACAAUGGCAGCAAGCUUGUGUAUGAUAUAGUCAAGGGUGAAGAUUCACUACAGUUACAGCACCCUCUUUACAAGAACAGAGCUGAAAGAUUGCCUGAUGUGUAUGAGAGAGGAAACUUCUCCAUCAAACUCAACAAUCUCACUCACACUGAUGCAGGAAAAUACACCUGCAUCAUCACACACUCAUCUGAGCUUCAGACAGUACUGCUGAUCAUCAACGAAUCAACAGCAGGAAAAGAAAGUAAAUCCACUGACCAUGAAAACCCAGAAGAUGAAACUGGAUCAGACAGUGUGGAGACAUCAUUGAACUGGUUAUUCAUUCUAUUAAUUGUACUAUCAAUAAGUAUACUGCCUAUAGGCUGUUUAAUUGUAUAUUACUGUAGAAGGGAAAAAAAGCAAGCUCUCUCAUUCUCUUCUGUCUUGACUUAAGACAAAACACAUUGACUCAAAUGACAUUUCAGUCCUAAAAGUUUAAGUUUUCACAUUCUCACUGUAUUUCUACAGCUGUCACUGGGUCUUUCUGCUGCUUGCGACUCUGUUUUGAGCUGUUAUAUUAUUGCCUUAUACACUGUUCUUGCUGAAUGAGAUCUUCAAAAACUGAAACAGUAGCUAUUUUUUUAAAGGUAAAGGACCAAUGAGUCUAUCAAUGUUACUGCCUUAAUUCUGAACAAGUGUACUUCAUGUUUUGUUUGUCGAUAUUAAAUGUAUUUGUUAUAAAUUAUAUUAUGCAUGUUAAAAUUAAAACAUUUACCAAUGAUUAUAUAUAUAUAUAUAUAUAUAUAUAUAUAUAUACACACACACACUAAACUUCUGAAACACCUGUGUAAUAUCAGAUUUAGUUGAUGUGCAUAAUACACAAGCACACAAAUGUAUAUACAUGUAUAUAUAAGACUGUUAAUUUCCAGAUUCCCAGUGGACAGUUUAUAUAUUAUUUUACUGUGUUAAAAUCUUUUCCUUUUGCAAGUUUUUAUAGAAGAAAUUAUGACAGUUUGACCCUCCCCUGCACUUAAGUUGCCUUAUUAUGUUGCUCACAGACCUAAAGUCUCAAUAAUUACUUAAUGUAAGCCUUAGUUUUUAGUGUCUUGUAAGAAUGUAAGAUGCUAUGAGACGUCCAUUAAUAAUAUUAAAAUAAUGUUGGAUGUUAUUGAUUCAGAUUUGAUUUCAGAUGAGAGACUUUACUUUUUUUUUUCUUUUUUUUUUGUAA